GUUAAUUAGUUUCUUUAGUUUAGUUUUUUAUCCCACUUUUAUUAAAAUAAAUAUUAAUGUAACAUAAGUUUACAAGUUUUAAAAAAAAUACGUGAUGGAUGUUCAAAACAUUAUAAACUCGAUGUUAAAAUUGAUUUCAUCUGGUAAGAUUAUAAGCUUAAUUAUAUUGUUAUAUACCUACUUACUUUAUUAUAAAUUAUGAAAAUGUAACUGUAAACUUCAUAAUAAAAUUCCAUAUGUGAACGAUACAAAACCAUAAAUUUAAUAUUAUAAUACGUAAUAGAUUAAAAACAUUUCCAAAGGAUUGUUAAAUUCGAAACAAAUAGAUUCUGUUUAAUUUGUUCACAGUAUGAAUGAAAUGUAAAUUACAAAAUAAUGUUUAAUGAAUUAAUUGAUAUGGUUUUUUCCGUUUUAUAUUAGGUACUUGCCAAUAUUAUUUUUAAUUUAAACCUAAUUUUUCGUGUAUUCCAAAAAUUGAAAAUGAUUUUUAAUUUGUUGGAAUCUUUAUGUAACUUCUUGAUUAUCUUUUUUCUGCCUUUUUCACAAUAAUGCAAAUACAUUUUAAAAUGAUUGUGAUGACUCGUGUCAUAAUAUUUAUAUAUAUGUUUGUAUAUAUUUUUAUUGGUCAAUCAAAAAGAUAGCAAAUUUAAACCAAAAUGUGUUUUAUGACUUAAAGAUUCAAAUUGUAUAAUGCACAUUUUGUCAGUUAAUAAUUUCACAUACUCUGCUAUGAGAGUAUUAUGAAAAAAAAAAAACGGACAAUAAAACAUUAUUUAUUUAUUUUCGCAAUAUGUAAUAGUUGCAACAUUAUCCAUCCAUCAUUUUUCUUAUUCUUAUAUUUAUACAAUUUGUCACUUACAUCUAUUAAAACAAGACGUUUUUCUAUUUCUGUAAUUGAUAGUUCAACAUUCACUUUUAAACUAUAAUUUUUACAUAUAAACACAAAAUUCAACAGUUGAUGAACAAUUUUUACGAUAGCCUUCAUGUGACUAAGUCAUAUGUACCUGAGCCAUAUCAAUUAAUAAUAUCCAAUUACAUCUAUGGAAGCAUUAGUCGCAUAAUACGUGGGUCAAUAAAACGCCUAUGUGACCCAGGUCUUAGUGAUACCUUACUUACUAUAUAAAAUAAAUAGUUUUUCAAAAACCUUUAAACAUUUAUAUAAUCUAAAAUUGUAUCUGUUGUAUUUGAAUUAUAGAUAAUAAUCAAUACAUAUUUUAGGUGAUCUGUUACUAGAAAGUAAUUCUGAUGAAAACCAGGAUCAAAAUAUUAGGUUGGUAUUAUAUUGUAGUAUAUUUUUGUAUUUACCUUUUCAAGAUAUUUUAAUAAUAAAUUAUAAUUUACAGAUUUUCCAAUAUUUUGAAGAUCAUCGAAGAAUUAUAUCAUUUAAAAAAUGUUCUAUCAAAUCUAUCUAGUAAUGAUGAUACUGAUAUUAUUUUAAGUGUAUCUCAAUGUGCGGCUAUUACAAAAUGUAUAGAUUUUAUAGUAUUGUCGGGUUUUAUUCCAUGCCUUAUUCCAAGUAUCUGGAAUUCAUUUGAGAAUAAACAAAACAAUUUGAGUCAAUUCAAGAAAGGUAUUUCACCAAAUAAGGUACCAGAAAUUGAAAAACAUUUAAAUUACACAUUUUAUUAUUAUCCCCAAAUGAAUAACAUUUUUGACCAAUAAACAUUUUAUUAUAAUAUUUUUUUUUCAGAAUUAUGAAGAUUUAAAAUUUAUCAUAAAUUCAUUUUUUGAUCUCAUAAAAUUACCAAUAUUAAAAAGAAUAAUAAUUGCCAAACAUGCAAAUGUUUUACUAGCGGGAUUGUGCCAAUUAUGUCUAUUUCCUAUUGUAAAACCAGGUACAGAAAUUGCCGUACAAAAUGCAAUUGAUGAAUUGAAAUAUGAACAGCUAGUGACCGAACAGCAACAAUUUAAAACAAUUUUAAAACUACUUAUAUUGAAGGAUAGAGAUCCCUUAGUUAUCCGGGAACUGAUAUUUAUAUUUGGGAAUAAGGUAAUACAAAUAAGAUAAAUAAUAAAAGAUCAAAAUUGUUUUUGCAAAAUUUAAAACAUAAUCUGUAAAAAAAUAAGAUUUUGUUAUAAUUAAGACUAAAAAAUAAUAUUUUAUUUUAGAAUUUUACCAUACAUUAUCAUGUACCUAUUAUUUCUUUUGAAUUUAACAAUUUUUCUGAAAAUUAUGAUCUCUAGGUAAUAAUAUUUUUAAUAUCUUAAUGAAAAUUAAUUUUUAUUGUUUUAGAAAUGCAAUAAACAUUUAAAACUUGGUCUUGGUAAAUUGUUUUCUGAUUUACUACUAGAACCUAAUGGGAUACAAACAUUCUUAAAAGUAGCUUGUGAUUUAAUAGGAGAAAAAUCACAAAACUUUUGCCAACAUGGACUUCAAGAAUGGUCAAAUUUAAUUCAUAGUUAUUAUACAAAAUCUAAAAUCAAGUAUAUUCAAUAUAUCAAGCCACAGGUAAAUUAAAAUAAAUUCCAUAUCAAUUCCUAUAAUAUUAACUUUAUAUUUGUGUAAAUAUAAUUUUUUAUUGAUUUAUUUUUAAUAAAUUAUCUUUAGAUAUGGGAAUUAUUACAAUCAAAUACAAAAUUAUACCGAUUUGAAUUUAAAAGUAUUGCAGUGUUUUGCAUUCACUUGAUUUCUAUAGAAAAUUAUAAUGAUUUUUUGACAUACUAUAUUAACCCAGUUAAUGAUUUGAUGAAAAGAAGUAAACUUGUUAAAGAAGAAAAUACUUCAGUGUCACAAUGUAUUGAAGAUUUGCAUACCUUAUUUUAUUUAUUCAGAAAUGAAAUGUGGUGUUUAGAUCCAAAAUUAUUAACCCAUAUCGCUGUGACAAUUUAUAAUAUAUACAUGGCUACUCUUCACAGUUUAUAUUAUUUGAAGUCUAAAUUAGAAGAUUUAAUUUUCUUAAUAUUAGUUCACUUUUCCAACUGCAAAGAUCAUUUGAAACUUAUUGUGUUUUCCCAAUAUCAAAUUGACAUUGAAUAUGAUGGUGAAAAUAUAAAAAUUAAAUAUAUUGAAAGGGAAAACCAAUUACACUUGGAGAGUGAAAUUAAUUUGAUUUUAGAUUUGAUUAAUAAACGACAAGAUAAAAAAUUGAUGAAAACAUUGUUUCUAACUUUUUUAGACAUGUAUACAUGCAUAACAUCAAAUGAAUACACUAUUAUGGAAAAACUGUUCAUUGUCAAAGGUAUUCAUCACUUGAUUGAAAAUGAUGAUGUUCAAAACUCAAUAUCUACAGAAACAAAAGUAGUUUUAAAUUUGGUCAAAUCAAUUUUAAAAGAAAACAGCAAAGAAAAAAUAAUUGAUAUCCAAAUUUUCUCUAUUGUAUUAGUGGUACUGGGAUGUGUAUUAGAAAAUAUAGAUGAACAAUAUAUUAGUGAAUUGGAUUGUCUUGUGGAUUAUUUGCAAAAAAUUGGUGAAGUAGUGGAGGACCAUACGUUUAAAACAAUGGUGUUUGAUAUGCAAAAAAAAAUUAAGCAGGUUCAAAACAAUUGUCCUAAAAACAGAAUUGAAAAUCAACGAACAAUUGAUGAUGUAUUAAUAGAUGCUAGAGAUCCAUUAUUACCUUGUAGAUCACAUGCAUUAAUUGAGUUAAAAAAGAUGAUCAAUUCUGGAAAUAAAACAGUUCUAACUAAGAAAUCAGAAAUUUUAAUAAUAAUUCAAGUAAAUAUUAUCCUUAAAAAGUUAUUUUUAUAAAGGCAUAAGUUUUAUUUUGUAUAAUAUGUUUUGCUUUAAGGAAAAUUUAAAAAACUCAGAUUCAUAUUUAUAUAUGAGUGCAAUAUUUACUUUAUCGUCAUUCUGUUCAUUUUAUCCCAAUGAUAUACUAGCAAUUCUCUGUGAACAAUAUAGUAUGCCCAAAAAUUACAACCAUUCUCCUGAAACUCGGUUGAAAAUUGGUGAAGUCUUAAUGAAAACUGUAAAAUUGCUAAGUAUGUAUGAAUUAUAAAACAUAAAUCAAACAUUUAAUAAUAUUAAUCAAUAAUGAUUUAUUUUUCAGAUGAGAUUACGCCUUCAUAUAAAAACCUGUUGCUGAAUACUUUUAUGGCUGGUGUUAGGGAUGAUGACCAUUUAGUUAGAGCAUCUAGUUUGUCGAAUCUAGCCGACAUAUGCCGCCUUUUACGUUACAGUCUAGGAUCAAUUGUUGCUGAAAUUGUCAAUUGUGCUGAUAAUGUAUUGAGAUAUGAUCCAGCAAUUGAACCUCGGAGAGCAGCAGUUUUAUUGUUACAAAUGAUUAUAGAAGGAGGAAAUUCAGAAUUACUUGAAGUAAGAAAAUAUAAAUUACAAGUACAUUAUAUAGAAAUGGUAUUAAAUAAUAACAAUACAUUGUUCCUUCAGAUCCCAAGUUUUGAUAAAAAUUGUUUGAUAUUUACAGAUUUUAACUGGCAGUAUAAAAGAUAUUUAUCAAAUCCUUAAAUUUCAAUAUCAGUCUGAUAGAGAUGCAACUAUCAAAUUACAUGCUCAAGUUGCAAUAGAAAAAUUGAAUGAUAUAAUGAAAUCAUUAGUUUUAAAUGAAAAAAACUCUAUGCAAACUUAUUUAAAAUAAAUAGAUUAAAAUUUUGUUAAUUUUAAGACUAUGAGUGGGCCCUUUCUCCAACUAAAAAAGUGCUAGUUUAGGGGAAACCUAAACCUAAAAUAAUCCAGAAGUGACCUAUAAUCUAAUCAGUAUCCACCUAUCAAUAUUUCCCAAUAUAUCACAAUAAUUUCAUCUAUAUUUAUUAAAUAGUUAUUAAUAUUUAAUUAUUUUCAUAUUGAGUACCCACCCACUACUAUAACUUAAUUAAAAUCAAGAUUAAAUUACUGCUCAAAGACUGUGUUUAUUUUGCCACUUUUUAAGACAGACAAUGUUUCACUAAUAGAGAGAUUAAAAAAGCUGUUUUUAAUUUGAUGAGAAAGAUGACCUUAAAGUAGAAGAUAGAAAAGUUUAUCCCUAGGUGUCAAACUUAAUAUUGAUACCUAAUAAUAAUAAUAAUAAUAUCUAUGUGCCAAAUUUCUUUUUAAGAAAAUUAACAUCUUAUAUGAUUUGUUGAAGGUUAUUCUAUGAUUAAUUUUAAAACCAAGAUCAAUUUGAAAAUAAAUUCCUAAAUCUUUAAUUGAUUUAGCUCUCAAUAAGAAAAAAUUAUUGGUUAUAUAUUGUUUUAAAAUAGGAUCUGUUUUAUGUAUAAAAGAAAUUACAUUUAUCAAUUUAAUGGUAAAUCAUUUUUUUCAUUUCAUACAAUAAAUUUAUUUAACAUCAAUUGUAAAUUAGUUUGAUAAAUUUCAGUUUUGAUCUUGCAGAAAAUUUUAGCAUCAUCAGCAAAUAAUAAAAUGUGUGCAAUGCUAGAUCAUCAAUAAAAAUCAGAAACAGUAAAGGACUUAAAUGGGUAUCUUGGAGAACGAUUUUGAAAUGAAUGGAAUGAGAUUUUAACAGCUUGAGUUCUACUAGUGAGGUAUGAGUAUAACCAUUUAAGAAAAUAUUCAUCUAUACCAAACAAUUUUAAUUUAUAAUAUAGUAAAGCCUUUUAAAAGUCAGUAUAAAUUGUGUUAACUUGAAACCAUUAUCUAAACUCUAAAGCAUUAGUAAGAUAAUUUUGAUGAACUAAUAAAUUGGUAAAAACUAAUGGUAUAACAUUUCAUUUGUAACAACUGAUAUUAUUUAGACUACUAAUUAGUUUCAAAUUGAAUACAAAUUUUUAAUAAUUCACUAACAUUACUCCAAAUGUAAAUAACCAAGAUAUAACACGGGGCUUAACAACUAUUCCAAAAUAGUUUUAUCAGAAUUCAUCAUUAAACCUCGCAUUUUGUUACCUUCAUAUUGAUAAUCUGUUGUAUAUUUUGCAAAAUGUAUAAAUUAUAAAAUCAAGAAAAUAAUUGUUGUUGUAACUUGUAUUUUUGUCUGGGUUAUUUUGCCUUAAUUUGGGAAGUAUCAUAAAUUUUAAUGCACAUUGUGAAUGUAAUUAUCUGAAUUAUUUUCAACCAUUCUGUGUAUCGAAAUCAAAAUAAUUGGCACUUUCGAAUUUAAAUUAAAAACCAUACCAAGUACUUAAUACUUAGGUAUAAUUUAGGUAGGUAGGCAUCCUGAGCAAUAUGCUAAUAUUAGUAACAUCUUCAAAAAGGACAGACAUAAUUCACAUGUGGGUGCAGCCACUGUUGUAGGUGGGAAGUUGGGAAGGUAGGCUACCUAAGGUUAUUUUAAAUUUAAUGUAUGUCUAUAAGCAACAAUAGACAUUGUUAAUGAAAAACGAUCCUGAGCCAAGUUCAGUUGAUAAUAAUGCUUUGUCAACAAUAUAAUAUAUGGUAUUAUGUCAUAUUAUGGUAAAAUGUUUAAAACAAUGUGUGUUUUCAACACAAAAAUGAUUGUUUAACAAAGUUUGAAACAAAAAAAACUUGAUAACAACAAAAAAUAAAUAGAAAUGGUUGCCAAUGAUAACAUUAUUUUUAAUGUUACAAUCUUUUUUUAACCUAAAGACCAAGGUUUUCCUCAUUAUCUUUAAUAUUAUUGGGAAUUCCAAUAAAAUGUCUAUUAUUAUUAUUAUGGUAGAAAACAUGUUCACAUAAAAAAAAAGUAGACAUUAUUGUAAAACCAAUACAUUCUUCGUUCCACUCAGAAUCUAAAAUUAUCAUUUAAAAUAAAUAAAAAAUAACUAGAAUAUAAAUUGUAUUCACCAUGUAUUAUUGCUACAUAAUUAAUGUUCUCAUGUAAUCUUGUAUGAAAGUACUUGAAGGCAUACAUUUUCAAAUAAACUAAAGUAUUAUUAUGAGGUACUUAGGUACUUCUCAAAAUACAUUUCCAACAUUGAACUAAAAGCUUUUAUUUUAACUCAGUGGUUCCCAAGUUUAUAUACAAUGUUGCCUAUUAAAUUCCUGAAAUUGUACUGUUAAUAGUUUAAUAAGUUUCCUACCUAAACUUAAUGCAUUUUUUAAACUAAUUUUCUAAAUUCUAUUGCUAAUGUUCAAACAAAAAUCUAUAUAUAUAUAUAUAUACAAAAUAUGGCUAAUGUUUAAUUCUGAAUUUUCAUAAUUUUGAUUGAUUAACUGUACAAUUAUAAUAUUUUCCUUUCAUUCAUUUUGAUUAUUAUUUUAUUUCUUAAAGGGAUUAUACCUUUAUAAUUAUUUAGGUAGGUGUCAGACAUGGCUACAUACCUACCUACCUAUAAUAAAUUAUAAGUAAGAAUUGAAAUGUAUUUAUUUAUUUAUAAGGUCAAUUGUAUAAUAUUAUUGCUGGGCAAGUAUCUAUCUAUUGGUCCUAGCCAAACCGAGAUCAUAUUUGUAAAUUUUUUAUUAAGAAUGAAGGUCAUUAAUCUAAAUAGUUUUACUUAUUUUAUGUGUUUCACAUACCUAUUAUAGAAUAUAAUGAUGAAUAAAGUUGUAAAAGCAUAUAUACAUUUGAGUUAUUUAUUUUUAAUAAGUUAAGUACUGUUGAAAAAAUUAUAAAUGGUAUCAACCAUAUUAAUGAGAUUGUUUAAGAUGCAACAUCAUAUUUAAGUGUUGAAUUUUGUU